AUGCCUGUGACUUACGAGCUACCUCAACUUCCGUACAGCCUCGAUGCGCUCGAGCCUUCGAUAUCAGGGCAAAUAAUGGAUCUCCAUUACAACAGGCACCACAGAACCUACAUCACCAACUUGAAUGCAGCCCUGGGUGCACAAGCGGAAGCCGCCUCUUCCAACAACCUGGUGAAACAACUCGAGCUCCAAGCCGCCAUCAACUUCAAUGCUGGCGGACACAUCAACCACACCCUCUUCUGGGAGUCACUUGCCCCCGCUUCGAGUGGGCUCAACAACCUCCCCGCCGUAGCUCCUACCCUCAGCGACGCCAUCACAAAGCGGUGGGGUAGCUUGGACGCCUUCAAGGCAGCCUUCGAGUCCUCUGCUUUGGCAAUACAAGGCUCUGGCUGGCAAUGGCUGGUCCAGGAUCCGCAAACCAAAGCUCUGGAGUUGACGACGAGCAAGGAUCAGGAUUUGCCCAAGGGAGGAAAGGGGAUUGUGCUGGGCGUCGACAUGUGGGAGCAUGCGUACUACCUGCAGUAUUUCAACAACAAGAAGGAAUACCUCAACAAGAUCUGGGAUGUGACAAACUGGCAGGUUGCCGAAAAGAGAUACAAGGGCGAUCCAAGAGCCGCCUUUGGAUCAUUGGCAGGAUUGGCGGGACAUUUGUAG